AUGUAUGCAGUUGUGAACAAUGCAGUGGAGGCUACCAUUGCAGUUGAAGUCCUGAGUAGAGAAUUUUAUGGAGAAAUCACUGCUUGCACCACCGGGGUCCCUAAUCAUCUUGUGCUUCAUGAUAGCAAACUGGCUGGUGUGAUGAACAAGGACAACAGCACCGGUAGAGGUGUUAUCCAACUAUUGCAAUCCGUUGUAUCUGUCUCUCUGGAGGAGAUGCUGGUUUUGACUAUCGUGGUCAAGACUGGUGAUGCUGAAUGUGAAAGAACCAUCACUUUUACUCCACAUAUCAAUGGUGGAGACGCAGAUGCAAUUACUCUUGUGCGCCUACCCGAAGCUCGUCACCAAGAUCACAUCGGAUUGGAUACGUUCCCCAAUCCUUUCUUGGGCGGCGGCGUGUUCAUGGCAGCACGCGGCGGCGGGGUGUCUGUGGCGGCGGGUGGCAGCGGCGUGGGCUACGACGAGGACGUCGGCGAGGUCUGGGGCGACUUGGAACCUUUCUUCUUUGACGAGGCGGAGGCAGUGGUUGAUCAUGAGAGGCGAAUGCGGAGAGAACAGGAGGCGGCACGGCGGCUCCAGGCGGCGAUCGCCAGGGAGAACGCCAACAAGGCCGUGCUGGCUAAGAUCUCAGACUACGAUCCAAAGCAGGAUGGCGAAUACUACAACCGAUUUCACUUCGCCGACUUCUCCAAAUUCGACCUCGACGAGGAGUGUAAUAAAUCAAUCUUGUACUGCUAG